AUGACGCUGAGGAUCUUGGAAGACUGGUGCAGGGAGAUGGAUGUGAGCGCUCGGAAAGCGCUGCUGAUCGCCGGCAUCCCCCAGACCUGCAAUGUGGCGGAGAUCGAGGAGGCCCUGCGGGCUGGCCUAGCUCCCUUGGGCGAGUACAGACUGCUCGGCAGGAUGUUUAGGAGGGACGAGAACAGAAAUGUAGCCUUAAUAGGUCUUACUCAGGAGACUAGUCAUGCUCUGGUCCCUAAGGAGAUACCUGGGAAAGGGCGUGUCUGGAGAGUGAUCUUUAAGCCCCCUGACCCAGAUGAUGCAUUUUUAAGCAGAUUAAAUGAAUUCUUAGAGGGAGAGGGCAUGACAUUGGGUGAGUUCACCAGAGCUCUUGGGUAUGGAAACGACCCUUUUGACCUAGACCAGGACAUGAGCCCAGAAAUACGGGCCCCUAUGUUGGCACAGGCAUUUCUUGAGGCUCUUCAGCCUGCCCUGCAGUACCUGAAAUACACAAAGCUGAGAAUAUUCUCGGGCAGUGAUCCUCCAGAACCAGACGAAGAAGAAUUUGAAUCCUGGCUGAUUCAUACUACUCACAUGAUGAAGGCAUGGCAGGUUUCAGAUGCAGAGAAAAGAAGGCGAUUGCUGGAGAGCCUUAGAGGCCCAGCAUUUGAUGUCAUUCGUGUCCUCAAGAUAAACAAUCCGUUAAUUACGGUCCCUGAAUGCCUGCAGGCUCUUGAGCAGGUAUUUGGGGUUACUGAUAAUCCUAGGAAGUUGCAGGUCAAAUAUCUAACCACUUACCAGGAGGAAGAAAAAUUGUCUGCUUAUGUACUAAGGCUGGAGCCUUUAUUACAGAAGCUGGUAGAGAGAGGAGCAAUUGAGAGAGAAGUUGUGAAUCAGGCCCGCCUGGACCAAGUCAUUGCUGGAGCAGUCCACAGAAGGCUGCGCAGGAAGCUUGCUCUGCCAGAGAAGGGCCCAGCCCCUGGCUUAUUGCAGUUACUGACACUGAUAAGGGAUCAAGAGGCAGCUGAGGAGGAGGCGGCCCUUCUCCAGGCAGGAUUGGAGGGGCAUUUCACCUGAAUCUUAGGAAACCAGGAAGGGGUAUCGGACGGUGAGCAGAGCAUGGAGGUAGAAUGGUCCAUAUACUCCAGUGAUAGACAUUACCCAGUCCCUACCUUGUGCUGCCAAAUAACUCAUUUUUGUACAGUUCUCAGUAUAAAUUCUUUGUCAUUUCUAUGCCUA